UUGCAGGCAACUCACACUGAACGUGGUGUCUUAGCUUCGCACUGUCCGAUUAUCAUCGUCAAGGUUGUGUUCAACCGCCUACGGUUCAUCAGGAAAGUGCUUGGCAUCCUGGCAGUCCAGCUGGUGGCCAGCACCGUGGUCGGCGCGGCGUUUCUGUUGGUACCGGGACUUGCGGCCGUCGUACGACACUGGACAUGGAUGCUGUUCUUGGGACUCAUUCUGUCGUUCGUGCUUCUGAUUGCCAUGUAUGUGAAACGACACCGGACGCCCACCAACUACAUCCUGCUUGCACUUUGGGCGUUCUUCCUCACUUGCUGUGUCGUCGUCACGCUGUUUUUCUACACGUUUCAAACACGUCACGACUUCUCUGCCUAUGGAACGAGCCUGUACUCGCUGGUAUGCGUUUUGAUUGCUGGCGGAAUUGUACAGAUGUUCCUGCAGAGCGACGUAUUAGAGUUGGUGCUUGCUCUUGCGGGGGCGAUCAUAUUUUCGCUAUUUAUCACUUUCGAUCUGAACUUGAUCAUCAACAAGCUGUCGCCAGAAGAGUAUAUUGUUGCCGUUAUCAACCUUUAUCUGGACAUCACCAAUUUAUUUUUGUAUCUGUUACGUUUAAUCAAUGUCCUAAAAAAAGAUUAA